AUCUCUCCUUCUCUCUAUUUCCUAGUUAGACCCAAUUGAAUCCAUUUUGGUCAACUUUCUACCGUCAUAGUUUGACGACCUCUCAUCAGGCUACAAUGAAGUCUGAACAUAUUGCCUAGCACAGCCACCCCCACUCGAAAUGAGCAUUUCGGUUACAAGACCCCCGGGAGUCGUCAGUAAAGGAACCAAAAUCCAACAGCGACAGGUGAGAUAUAUACACAAAAAAAAAAAAAAUGGAUCAGUCAGUUGGGUUAGAAUUUUUGGACCUCCACCCAUUUGUCCGUCAGACUGUCCUAGACCGGGUGCGGGGGACGAUCUUUGGCGGUGCACUGGGAGAUACAAUUGGACUGUACACAGAAUUUUUAUCAAAGGAAUCCAGCCUAGCAGCGUACCCCGAGGGCAAGUUCCAGCUAGUUGAACCUGUCACAGAGCUAAAGAAUGAUGACCAUCGAAAUAAGUUUAUUCAAACCAGCUGGACAGACGACACUGAUCAUGCACUCCUCAUUGUUCUAUCUUAUCUCCAUGGUAGUGGUAAGAAGCUCGACCCAUUGGAUGUAGCUAAACGGCUACGCUUUUGGUGUGAGCAGGGGCUACGGUGCCUAGAGAGACCGCCUCUAGGCCUUGGACGAACCGUCGGAAGUGUUGUCUGCAAUCGAGGGUUUCUUGAAGAUCCAGUAGCAACUGCGUACGGUUACUGGAAGAACUCUGGUUUUACGGUUGCCCCAAAUGGAUCGUUGAUGCGUACUUAUCCUCUGGGCAUUAUAUGUCUCGGGAAGACGCUGGAUGAGACAUUUCAGAUCGCUGCCGAUUUCUCUCGAAUCACACACGCCGAUCCAAGGUGUAUCGUUUCUUGCUGUCUAGCAACUGCAUUAAUUCGAGGUCUCAUCAGAGGAGAAGUUCGGAACGAAACAGGUGUCAACACGUUGAUCGCCUUAUCACUUGCGUGGAUUGAGAGCUGGAUUGAGGGGCAAAACCGGGACAAGGGAGGCGAAGACUCAGACAGGUAUCCUCUAUUCGAAUGUGACGAAUUCUACAAACAUGUCCGAGUAGAGACCCUGGAGGAACUUCAGCUGGAUGAUUCACGAACGAUGGGAUAUGUUUACAAAGCCCUGGGGGCCGGAAUUUUGCUGCUAAGACUCGCGAUACGACAAAAGGACUCACAAGCUUUCCGAGGAAAUGCCUUUGAGGAACUCAUCACAGCCCUCGUUCUUCAAGGAGGCGAUGCGGAUACCAAUGCGUCUGUGGCCGGGCCUCUGCUGGGAGCUCUGGUUGGGUAUAACAUGUUGCCUGGAACAUGGACAUGCGAAAUGAUGCAUGCAAAAUGGCUUUUUCAAAAGUGCAAUACCCUUGCACAGGUUUCUGGUAUCUACUCUUCUUCUUUAUUGUACGAUGGGAGCAAAGACCCGGACACAGGAAUAGAAGGUGGGAAGCCUCCGCUGACUCAAGAAGAGUUAUACCAGCGGGAUCGUCAGUUUAUGGAACAGUACUUGACCAAAUCUAUGCAAAAGACAACGGGGAAGAAAGCUGCACCCGGGUGGGUGGAUAAGCUGUUAGGCAAAUGAAUAAGUUGAAUGCGUUGCAGUGUGAGAUACAGAGUUCGCUGGGAAUGAACAAAUUAGGUCAGAUAAGCUGUGGCCUAAUUUCAAUUAUCUUAACCCAUUUACUCUGAUAAUAGAUUGUUUAUCAUUCGCUUAGAUAGAGUAUGUAAUUGAGCGAGCCCCUGU